CAUACACAACGAGCUCAAAAUCGCACUUACUUUGACUCGUUUUAAUUAGUUACACUCAUACAGACAGAAACAGUACUGAUAAGCAAAAACCACGCUUCUUUUCUCAGUCGCCCAUCCCUAAAUGCCGCCGGCGAUGAUCGCCGGAAAACUCCAAGUUCAACAACUAUACAUGUGUUCACUAAAAGGCUCACUUCUCACUCUCGCUAUCUUAACCCUAAUUUCCUUCACUUACCUCUCAAUUAAUUCUCUCCACUUCUCAUCCCCUUCCUCUUCCAUUUCUCCUCCACGUGUCCCUGCCGGUUCCGUCGUUGAUUCCGCCACUGACAAUACUGUAGAUGAAGUGGUAUCAUCGGAUCUGUAUCAUUCAGGGAAGAUAUUUAAACUGAACUAUGAGGAAAUGGAGCGGAAGUUCAAGGUUUAUAUAUAUCCUGACGGAGAUCCGAAAACUUUUUAUCAAACGCCUAGGAAAUUGACUGGUAAAUAUGCUAGUGAGGGUUAUUUUUUCCAGAAUAUUCGCGAGAGUCGGUUUCGAACUGACGAUCCGGAUCAGGCUCACUUGUUUUUCAUUCCUAUUUCUUGCCAUAAGAUGCGCGGCAAGGGAACGUCUUACGAGAAUAUGACCAUAAUUGUUCAGAAUUAUGUUGAGGGCUUAGCAGCCAAGUACCCUUAUUGGAACAGAACCUUGGGUGCAGAUCACUUCUUUGUUACCUGUCAUGAUGUUGGUGUGAGGGCGACUGAAGGGGUACCAUUUCUUGUGAAGAACGCAAUUCGAGCUGUGUGCUCCCCGAGUUAUGAUGUCGGAUUCAUUCCUCACAAAGAUGUUGCUCUUCCUCAAGUACUACAGCCAUUUGCCCUCCCAGCUGGAGGAAACGAUGUAGAGAACAGAACAACACUUGGUUUUUGGGCUGGUCAUAGGAACUCCAAAAUUAGAGUCAUUUUGGCACGCACUUGGGAGAAUGACACUGAACUUGAUAUUUCAAACAACCGGAUAAAUAGGGCUACUGGACAUCUUGUCUAUCAAAAGAGAUUUUACAGGACUAAGUUUUGCAUAUGCCCCGGUGGUUCUCAGGUUAACAGUGCUCGCAUAGCUGAUUCAAUCCAUUACGGAUGUGUUCCAGUGAUUCUAUCCAAUUACUAUGACUUGCCAUUCAAUGACAUAGUCGACUGGAAAAGAUUUUCUGUAAUACUCAAGGAAGAUGAUGUUUACCGGCUCAAGCAAGCUCUCAAGGAUAUAUCUGAUGAAGAAUUUGUGGCACUGCAUAAGAAUUUAGUUGAGGUCCAGAAGCACUUUCAGUGGAAUUCGCCUCCAAUCAAAUAUGAUGCAUUCCAUAUGGUCAUGUAUGAUCUUUGGCUGAGACACCAUGUUAUCAAAUACUAAGCUAGUAAACUGGUAUGAUUCUGAUUGCCUUUUCCUUUUUGUAUACGUUGCAUGCUAACCACCCUAAAGUUUGUAUACUAUUAAUUCCAUCCUUCAACAUCUUUUGUAAAGGAGAAUCAGAGUACCAGUACUUAAUGUCAUUAUUUAAUUUGUUCUUA